AUGAGUAAAGAAGAAUUCUUGAAGAUCCAGACUUGUGUCCUCAAGGUCAACAUACACUGUGAUGGAUGUAAGCAUAAAGUGAAGAAAAUCCUGCAGAAGAUUGAUGGCGUGUACACUAUGAAGAUAGAGCCGGAGCAGGGGAAGGUGACGGUGUCGGGCAACGUUGACCCGGCCACCAUCAUCAAGAAGCUGACCAAAAACGGCAAGCACGCCGAGCUAUGGGGCGCCCCUAAGCCCAACAACCAAAAUCAGAUGAACAACCAGUUCAAGAAUCUCCAACUCGACACCGGCAAAGGCGGGAACAACAACAACAACAACAACAACAACAACAAAAACAACAAGCAGCAGCAGCAGCAGCCGCCGAUGCUCAUGCCACAGGGGCAUAAGGGUAAUAAUAACAACCAGCCUAAAGGGGGAGGCCUUCACCCCCAGCUCCCACCAAUGAAGGGGUUCCAAGAUCUGAAGCUCCCACCUCAGUUCAUGAAGGACAUGAAGAUGCCCCCUCUAGGUGGUGGUGGUGGUGGUGGUGGGCCCCACAAUGGCAAGGGCCAGGUAAUCGGCGGGAAAACCCCUGGUGGCGGAGGCGGCGGCACCAGCAAGUUCGAUGACGAUGAUGAGUUCGAUGAUGAUGAUGAUGAGUUUGAUGAUGACGAGUUCGAUGACGAUGAUGAUGAGUUUGACGACGACGAUGACGAAGAUGAUGAGCUGGACGAAAUUGCCCCUCCUCCCAACAAGCCCAAGCCCGCUGGCAUCAUGGGUGGAAAAGGUGGGGUCCCGGGCCCACAAAUGCCGCCCAACGCUCUCAUGAACAACAUGAUGAACGGUCUUAAGGGUGCCGGCGGAGCCUUUCCUGGAAUGAAUCCCGGCGGCAAGAAAGGUAAUGAUGGCGGUGGUAAUAGUAAUAAUAAUAAAAAGGGUGGGCCACCGCCAUCCAUCGGUGGUAAGAACGGCGGUGGGCCACCACCCAACGGCGGUCCCAACAAGAACGGCGGCGGUAUGCCGCCAAAUAUGAAUGGUUUUAUGGGCAAGAAAGGGGGUGGGAUGAGUGAUGGGCCCCACCACGGCAUGCCGCCCAACAUGAUGAUGGCCAUGAACAGGGGUAGCAAUCCACCGCAGAUGGGCGGCAACCAUCCCCAAAUGGGCAACCAUCCCCAAAUGGGCGGCAAUUAUCCACAAAUGGGGAAUCCGGCUGCUGUUCAGGGCUUGCCGGCCAUGAACGGGGCAGAGCACAUGGGAGGAGGGAACCCGUACUUCCACCAGCAGCAACAACAACAGCAACUGGCAGCAAUGAUGAUGAACCAACAGCGGGCGAAUGGGAAUGAACGGUUCCAGCCGAUGAUGUACGCGAGGCCACCUCCGGCCGUCAACUACAUGCCUCCGCCAAUGCAGUAUCCGCCCUACCCGUACCCGCCGCCGGGCGAGCGGGCCGACCAGUACGCCAUGUUCAGCGACGAGAACACGUCUAGUUGUAGUGUGAUGUGA